AUGCUCAGCGCAAUUUUCGCGUUGCUGAACCUAGGUGCCUCAUUCAACAAUCUUAAUGAUGCACUUAAACAGACCCCAAUUGGCCCCAUGGUCGACUCGGGAUAUGUGGCAUACCCCAGCAGCCAGUUGUACCAAAAUGCGGUCGACUUGGGAUAUGUGACAUACUUUGGGGACAACCAGCCUGAGAUGUAUCCCAAUACGGUGGCACACCUUGGGAUACCAUAUGCAGAGCGCCCUGUAGGCGACUUGCGUUUCCGUGCAACUGUCCCCCUAAACACGACGCGUGUGACUGAAGAGGCCGGAGGGUCGCCGGUCGAUGCGACCUCCUACCCUGACUUUUGUAUCCAGGGACAGUUUGCUGGACAACCAGGAGGAGCAGGAUCAGAGGACUGCUUAAAUGUUAAUGUCUACUCACCCUACGGUGCCAAAGAAGGCGACAACUUGCCUGUGCUGUUCUAUAUCCAUGGCGGAGCUUGGAUUUUUGGAAACCCACGUGGCUUUCCAUUCGAGCACUGGGUCAAUCAAAGCCCGAAUGUCAUUAUCGUGUCUGUUUAUUACCGCCUUGGUUCUCUUGGCUUCCUGGCUGCUCCCGAGUUCACCGACCCCGCAUACGGCGACUUUAAUGCCGGGCUCAGGGACCAGAUCCAGGCACUCAAAUGGGUGAAGUCAUACAUCAGUAAAUUCGGGGGCGACCCGACCAAUGUCACCAUCAGCGGGCACAGCGCCGGCGGGGCCUCCGUGGAGCUCCACAUGAUCGUCGACGAGAGCAAAGGGCUUUUUUCUCGUGUUAUUGCACAGAGCGUCGGUAGGUCGGCCCUUCCCACCCCUAAGCAACAGCAGCCCCUCUUCGAAUCCUAUGCAUCGCUUGCAGGAUGUGAAAAUGGUUCUGUAGCAGAUCAAAUGAAAUGCCUCCGCGGUGCAAACAUUAGCGCACUUGCAUUUGCACAGGAUAAUGCACUCCAUAGAGACUUUGGAUACGUACCCAUCGUGGACGGCUUACUGAUUACUGGACACCCUACGACAAAGUUCCAGUGUGGUGAGUUCACUCAUGUCCCGCUUAUAGUUGGCUCAGCAUCCAACGAGACUCUUUCCUUAUCGCCGAAGCUCGAUAUCUCUACGGGACUUAAGGCAUUUUUCCCGUCAUUGACAGACACAGACAUUCAGCAGUUCUUGGGGUUAUAUCCAAUAGAUGACUUCGAUUCUAAGAUUCAGCAGUUCCAAGUGGCCACAGGCGAACCUGAUGUGAUAUGCGCUGUAAGUCUAAGCCUCACGCUACUGCCAUGGGCAACCCAUCCUCACUAUUCAAAUACUUGGACUUAUCGGUACAACACCCCUGACCCGACGUUGAAUACCAAAUACGUCACACAUGCUGCUGAGAACUGGAUGAUGUUUAAUGGCACUACCACUGGUCCCAAUGGCACCAGCACAUUUGACCCACAGACGGACGCCCAAAAAGCAUUUGCUUCUGAACUCAUUGCUUACUGGCUUUCCUUCGUGCGCACCGGCGAUCCGAAUACUUAUAAGCUGGACAAGUCUCCCGUGUGGGAGAAGUACUCUGAGUCCAACCUAGUCCGGAUGGUUCUGACACAGCAAAACUCGGCCACUGAGAGUGGUAACGAAAUGGAGAUCCUGCCUCUUGCGGAGUUUGUCAGAUGUGCAUUUGCAAUUAGCAAGGCGGAGGCUUGUCAACAUUAG